AUGAGUGUUAUCGGACAUACAAGAGCUCCACCGCCAAUACCAGCAAAACCUGGUUACGUUUCAAUCGUGAAAGCUUUGUAUAGUUAUACAGCUCGCUCUCCUGAAGAAUUAUCGUUUGAAGAAGGCGAAAUUCUCUAUGUCACGGAUGACGUUAAAUACAAAGAUUGGUACUUAGCUACGACAAAUAAAAAUCGUACAGGUGGUUUAAUUCCAAAAAACUAUGUUGAGGAAAGUACAGAGAAACUUGUCAAUGCUUUACAUGACGCAGCAAAACGUGGUAACAUCGAGUUUCUUCAGCAGUCACUUGCAAAUAAGGCUUCGGUCAUUGGUCUUGACAAGGCAGGAAAUACGCCAUUCCAUUGGGCAUGCUAUUCAGGUGAUAUGGAUUGUGUGAAAUUAUUGUUACCACUUUCACUAUCAAUUAUAAAUCAAAAAAAUAAUGUUGGUGAUACUCCAUUACAUGUGGCUAGCUGGAAAAAUCAUGGUGGUAUUGUUCAACUUUUAUUAGAAAAUGGUGCUGACAAACGACUUCGUAAUAAAGAUAAUAAAUUACCAUUUGACCUUACGCAUGAUCCGAACAUUCGAUCACUAUUAGAAGAUAAAGUGAUUUUUACUAAUUACAAGCCACGUCCAACACAACAGAAUGGCGAUGGCAAUGACGAAGACGACGAUUCAGAUUAA